GUGUACCGUUGCAUUUUGUUUGUGUUGCGAAGCCACAUAGCUCACCUGUCGUUAGCCACACCCCUGACGCACAUGACUAGCAGAGAGAAGGAAGGAAAGAAGCCCUGAAAUAAUUCAUCACUGACUUACCGAAGGCUCAAUGGGGACAUAAGCAAGACACCUUAACUAGCAUCAUGGUCAGAAAAUACAUCUUUUUCGCGUGUUUCUUGCUCUGUUACGUCUCUGGGAUUGACAACAAAGACAUUUUCAAUGAGCUUACAUUAAAACUUUCCAAGUACUCCAUUGUAAAACCUCAGGUGAUUCAUAGAUGGGCACGGAGCAUCAACAAACAACCACAGUCAAAAGAAAUAUAUGAUGAGGAGAAGAUCUCAUAUGCUCUCACCAUAAAAAACAGAAAACACCUCCUUCAUCUAAAGAAGAACAGAGAUUUUUUACACCCGAACUUUGUUCAGUAUUCACACGGUAAUCACAAGCCAACAUAUCCGAAACAACAUGUGCAUUGCUAUUACCACGGUGAAGUCGAAGGUUAUGAGGACUCACUGGUAGCGCUCAGCACAUGCUCUGGCCUAAGGGGUGUGAUCCUCGUUGGAAACGAGACUUAUGCACUUGAGCCUGUACCACAGUCUACCACCAACGAGCACCUUUUGUAUCUACUGAAGGACAUUGAGUCAGAGCCCGUCACCUGUGGGGUUGUCAAUGAGGCUGCACCAACGCCAAGUCAUGAGCCUUUUGAGCCAGGCCAAUCACUGACGUCACUCCUGCGAAGGAAGCGUAAUUUACCUCAAACCAGUUAUGUGGAGUUGGUGUUGGUUGUUGAUAAUCUCAGGUACAAAUUUAAGAAACAAAAUGAGACAGCAGUACGAGAGGAGAUGGUGCAAAUGGCCAAUCUGCUGGAUGGGUAUUACAAGCAGUUGAAUAUCCGCAUUGUGCUUGUGGGCCUGGAGAUUUUUAAGGAUAGUAAUCCCUUUAGCGUGGACGGUUCUGCAGGACAGGUGUUGGGGAGAUUUGUCAAAUGGAGGAAGUCUACUCUGCUACCAAAGAUCAAGCAUGACAUCGGUCAACUCAUUGUCGGUAAGCCCGGGGCAUACCCUGGAGGUGUGUUGGGUAUGGCCUUCGUGGGCACGGUCUGUUCCGUGGCAAGCUCCGGAGGAAUCAACGUGUUCCAAGGCAAUGGUCUGGCUUAUGUCUCUACUGUGGUGGCCCAUGAGAUGGGCCAUAACCUGGGCAUGAAUCAUGACAGUGGCCGCUGCACCUGUAAUGGAAGAAGUUGCAUCAUGUCAGCCACUGCUGGUGGUUCCACCACUUUCAGCACUUGCAGUGCAAGCGACUUUGAGACGCUGAUCGUCCGUGGAGGAGGAGUGUGUCUGAGAAACCAGCCCUCCCUUUCAGAUGUUGUUGGUGUUGCUAAAUGUGGCAACGGCUUGCUGGAAGGAGACGAGCAGUGUGACUGUGGCACACCGGAGGAAUGCACCAAUGAAUGCUGUGAUGCUGCCACUUGCAAACUGACACGUGGAUCUGCCUGUGCCCAGGGGAGCUGCUGCGACAACUGUCAGAUCAGAGUUGCUGGGACACCAUGCAGAGAGUCUGUCAACACCUGUGAUCUUCCUGAAUACUGUGAUGGAACGAGUGGGUUCUGUCCCCGUGACUUCUAUGUCAUGGAUGGCUUGCCCUGCCAAAAUAAUGCUGCGUACUGCUACGAGGGCCGUUGCCAGACAUAUGAUUUCCAGUGCAAACAUCUCUUUGCGCCAGAUCCAGCAACAAAGGCAGCAGACACUUGUUUUGUGAAUGCAAAUACUAAAGGAAACUUGUUUGGAAACUGUGGAAUCACCAGCAGAGGAGACUAUAUCAAAUGCAAAGUAGCAGACGCUAUGUGUGGAAAGGUGCAAUGUACUAAUGUGGACGUCAACAACCCCCCUAAUGGUGCCCAAGUCAGUAUCCAAAUAAUUGAUGGGGCAACUUGUGUUAAUGCAGACUUCAACCUUGGCACAGAUGUGCUAGAUCCUGCUUACGUUAACCCUGGCAGCCCUUGUGGUAAAGGAAAGACCUGCCUGGACUUUAAGUGUGUGAAUGCCUCUGCUCUGCUGCCCAACUUGGACUGUCAUGCCGAGACCACAUGCAACAGCCGGGGGACAUGUAAUGACCAAGGACACUGCCAUUGUGAAAACGGGUGGGCACCACCCAACUGUGACAGAUCUGGAUUCGGUGGCAGCAUAGACAGUGGUCCUGCUCAGAUAGACUACUCCCUGAGGAAUGGCCUGCUGAUCUUCUUCCUGCUUGUGCUUCCUCUUCUGGUUGCUCUCGUUCUGGUGCUGCUCUACGUCUUCAGGAGAGACACCCUGGACCCCUGUCUUAAACGACGCCGUGUCAGGUCACGUAAUGCUCAAUAUGGAAAUACAAACAGACAGUCAAACAUCAAUGGUCAGACAAGUGCCACAACUCAGCCCCCGGCACAGGUUCCACCUGAAAGGCCUGGACAUCCACCAGCCACCUCUGUUCCAAUUUCUGGGUAUCAACUCGUUAAACAUUGUUAUUCUUUCAGGUAUGGAGAACUGGAUUAUUGGAAUACAGAAACGAGCACCGCCCCUGCACGACCACCACCUCCCAUGCAGGGCCCCGGAGUACCCAAACCGAUCCCACCCCGGGAGCCGCCAUCAUGAUUCUCUUUUUAUACUAAAUAUUGUCAGUUGUAUUGUGAAUGUAUGGAGUUAACUAAAUGAAGAGAUGAUUUUAAAAUACUGUGAUAGACUCACUGUAAAUUGUCGCCAGACCUAUAUGUGGUCAACUGCAUUAACCAGGUGGUUGACGAGGCUGGUACACGUGUAAAUAUUUAUUGGAAUGUAUGUUUUUAUAAAUGAAAUUCCUGUUUGUAACUCAUUGGAAAUACAUGCACAUCAAAUGUAAAAAAAUAUCACCAAAUCUUUUGUAUUUUAUGUUGUUUAGGGUUUUUUGUUUUCAAAAUAUUUUAAUGAUUUUGUGAAUAUUUCAUGAAUGUUAAUUGUAAUAAAAAACUAUCAGACAAUUAC